CAGGCAAGUAAACAUCCUUCUCAGAACCCAGCUAGGGAAGGAGGAGAAUAGAGAGAGAGGGGGAGCAUGUGAGGUAAAGAGAGAGUGAGGUAGAGAAAGGAGACAGAGAGGAAGAGCGAGCACGAGGAGAGAAAGAGAAGAGAAGGAGAAGGAAAGAGAGUGAGAGUGUUCAUUUCACUUCCUAAUCGGUUUUCCUGGGGAUCUAUCAUCGACUGCAGAAGAAAAGAAAGAGCAGCUAACAACAAUGGAGACAGCCCUUUCCACCCCCAAUAAUAUCCAGAUAUGUGAGGUGACCUGCGAUUCCUUCCGCAUCGCCUGGGACAUGACCCCUGAGGAUACUGCCAGGGCCACACACUUCUUCAUAGACCUGAGCCGCAAAGAGGGCGGGGAUCCCAACCGCUUCAAACACAGGGAUGUGCCCACCAAACUGGUGGCCAAGGCAGUGCCUUUACCCAUGGCAGUGAGAGGUCAUUGGUUCCUGAGCCCACGGACAGAGUACUGUGUUGCUGUGCAGACUGCAGUGAGACAGGCAGACGGAGAGUACAUGGUGUCUGAAUGGAGCCAGGUGGUCGAGUUCUGCACAGGGGAUUAUGCCAUGGACCACCUCAAACAGCUCCUUGGUAAAGCACAGGGUUCUGCUGGAAGAUUGCUGCGGUUCUCUGUGUUCUAUCGCAACCAGCACCCUGACUACUUCCACUAUGUCAGAACUGAGUGUGGGGGGCUGAUGCGCCCAGCCCUGAAAGACAAUAGUGGAAGUCACGGCUCCCCUAUCAACAGCAAACUGCAGGGAGUCUUCCUCAGCUGCAACACUGAGUUUGACACAGGUCUUCCUCCAAACGACUCCCCCUACGGCCCCCUUCGUUUCCAGAUCCCGGCCGGGAACCUGCUGAAUCCCAACACCAAUCUUUACUUUGCUGACUUCUACUGUAUGUACACAGCCUAUCACUAUGUGGUGUUGGUACUGGCCCCUUCUGGCUCAGAGGGGGAUAACUUCUGCCGUAGUAGUCUCCCCCUGCUGGACCUGACUGCCAACCCCUUCCUGACAUACAUCCCCCCCCAGAGGCAGGGAGAAGACUCUCUGUUCUGCCACGCCAGUGAUGUCAUCCUGGAGGUGCUCUACACAGACCCGCUGUAUCUGGAGCAGGGCAGUGUGCUGGAGAUCAGUGGCCACCACCAGAUGAGCCAGACCACGGCCAACGCCAAGAAGGACCCCAGCUGCAAGGUGUGCAACAUCAGUGUGGGCCGCUGAGAGAACUGACUGGACUGACAGGGUUUAGAGAACAGUGAGGAUGUAUAUCGCCAUCGUUGCAACAACAAAAAAUUACUAGAGAAAUGGGCUGAGUGAUUUAAUCCAUCUAGUAGUGUAAGGACAGUAACACAACUGGGACAGCCCAUCUCUUGGGGUAUGUGCAUGCUGCUUCCCCCAUCCCUCCCCGUCACUACUAGAAUUGCAAAUCUCCAUGUAUCAUCAAUCACCACAUGUAAAUAUGUCUUUAGGACAAGUGGACUAAAAGGGCCACCUGUAUUAGCUCCUCCACUGCUGGAGAAAGCCGAGAUGUACACGUUGUAUUUGUCAAAUAACAUUACGUAAGAUAUACAUUUCUGUCUUCUCCUUACAGUACCUGUUGGUCUUAGAGGUUUCCAAGAUGUCUCAUACCUAAAAACACACUGUCAAUUUCAUUUCUAUUUGAAAACUUUCAAACAUGAUGUUAAAUCUCAUGAUAAGUGAAUAAUAAAGAUUUGAAUUGA